UAUGAACUGUGUAAUCAGCCUCACAUGAGAAGCAGCCAGACUUUAUCGUAUAAAGGCACAAGGCUGGUACAUUUUAUACUUUGUUUUUCUUUUCUUGCUUUUUUGAAAAAUUGAUUAUAAACAAUCAACAAUUUUCAAGUGAUGGCUCCUGACAAAAAACCUAAUGGUGUGGAUAACUCAGCUUUUACUAAUGAAAAUGGAGAGCAGUUUUGCUCCAUUCAAUUGAAUGACAAAGAAGAAGUGAGUUCAGGUGGUGCACAGUAUGAGGACAGAAAUAAACUCACAUAUUGUGUAACUGAUGUGCCUCCCUGGUAUCUCUGCAUCAUUCUUGGGACACAGCACUACCUGACAGCCUUCGGAGGUAUCCUUGCCAUCCCUCUUAUCUUGUCAAGAGAACUGUGCUUGGAGCAUGACACGUUAACCCAGAGCCACCUUAUCAGCACCAUCUUUUUUGUCUCAGGAAUAUGCACUCUGCUGCAGGUCACAUUAGGAGUGAGGUUACCUAUUCUCCAGGGUGGUACAUUUGCCUUUUUAACACCCACACUUGCUGUUCUCUCAAUGCCUGAAUGGAAAUGCCCAGCUUGGACUAGCAAUGCAAGUCUUGUGAAUACCAGUGAUCCAGAAUAUAUUGAAAUCUGGCAAACAAGGAUACGGGAGCUACAGGGAUCUAUCAUGGUUGCCUCCUGUUUCCAGAUCUUUGUAGGAUUCUCUGGUCUCAUCGGCCUACUGAUGAGCUUUAUUGGGCCAUUGACUAUUGCACCCACCAUCUCCCUCAUUGGGCUGUCACUGUUUGACUCAGCUGGUAAUGAUGCUGGGAAACACUGGGGAAUUGCAGCCAUGACUACAUUUCUCAUUGUGCUAUUCUCUCAGUAUCUACGGCAUCUGCCAGUUCCACUUCCUACUUACAGCAAAACCAAAAAAUUUCACUUCACUCAAGUAUACAUCUUUCAAAUUCUACCAGUUCUCCUUGGAAUCACAAUGUCUUGGCUUAUCUGUUACAUACUCACGGAAUAUAAUGUCUUGACAUCAGAUCCCCAGGCAUACGGCUACCAGGCACGGACUGAUCUCAAAAGAAAUGUCAUUGGUAGAGCACCAUGGUUUCGAUUCCCCUACCCAGGUCAGUGGGGCAAGCCAACUGUGAGUGCAGCUGGUGUGUUUGGAAUUCUGGCUGGUGUGGUUUCUUCCAUGGUAGAAUCAGUUGGGGAUUACCAUGCUUGUGCUCGACUCUCUGGUGCUCCUCCACCACCCAAACAUGCCAUCAAUAGGGGAAUAGGAAUUGAAGGAAUUGGAUGCCUCCUGGCAGGUGCAUGGGGGACAGGAAAUGGGACCACCUCCUACAGUGAAAAUGUAGGAGCACUAGGGAUCACCAAGGUUGGUAGCAGGAUAGUAAUUGUAGCCAGUGGAUUCCUAAUGAUAAUAAUGGGACUGUUUGGGAAGAUUGGCGCUAUUUUUACAACAAUUCCCACUCCAGUUAUUGGAGGCAUGUUUCUUGUAAUGUUUGGAGUAAUAACUGCUGCUGGAAUUUCCAACCUUCAGUAUACAGAUAUGAAUUCAUCAAGGAAUAUCUUCAUCUUUGGAUUCUCCAUGUUUUGUGGACUGGUUAUUCCAAAUUGGGUUAUUAAGAACCCAUCAUCAGUUGAGACAGGAGUGGUUGAGCUUGACCAGGUGAUUACAGUUCUGUUGACUACUGGCAUGUUUGUUGGGGGCUUCUUUGGCUUUGUGUUGGAUAACACUAUUCCAGGUUCAGCACAAGAACGGGGAAUCUUAACUUGGAAGAAGAUCCACGAAGAUGAUUUAGAUGAAAUCUUGGUACCAUCAGACGUUUAUGACUUUCCCUUUCGCAUUGGGUCUCAACCAUGUUUUGCUUCAUGGAUUCGGUUUAUUCCAUUUUGUCCCAAAAGCAACCAUGGCAAUUCAAAAAAGGAUCAUGCUGACAUACUGGAAACUGUUAAAGAAAAUGACAUAAACAAAAAUGUAAACCUGACACAAGCUGUUCAUGACACACCACUCUAAAUGAUAUAGUGCCAUUAUCAGAAAUGUUCUAGACUAUACAGAAAAUAUGUAUUGUUUUUUUUAAUGGUCACAUUAAACCGUUGAAUAAUUAAAUGAGGAAACAAUCCAUCAUCUUGCCUGUUUAAUCCAAUUCAUCUUGCAGGUAGGCUACAGCCUUAUGACAUGAGCAAAAACAGGACAGGACAGCACUCAGAAAGUACAAUAUUAUUUUAGAUGUCCUAAAAAAUCCAAGAAAAAUGGAAGAGGAAGAAAUGCAAAUAGCCCAAAUAUACAGUAUACUUUACUUUUUUCAGGUCUUUCCUCUGAAAGAUGACUUUCCUCCAGUUUUUGGAGUUGGUUUGGCAAAGAUAUUUCUACUAAAGGCCCAGUUGCAGUCUAAAGAAGA